CGGCCGGCAUAUGAUGCCAUUGUUAGCGCGGUACUGCUAUACUACAACAUUUAGGGAGAUUGGAGCCGAGCAAUGCCGCCAUCUAUUGUACGGAGAUUACAGUUAUCGCCACUUUGCAGUUCAUCGCGCUAACCUUUUGCGUGUAAAUGCCGGCGGAGGUGGAAGCGAUCAGGGUUCAAGCUCCAUACCUACACUAUAUAGCGUGGUUCCAAUCACUGUGCUCCAAUGUAGUGUGAUUGGAGUCUAAUUGAACUUUCAUUCAG